GAAAAUAAGUUUGGGUUCGACCGUGUGAGCACUGAGCGACAUGGGCACGAGUUGCAUAUCAUAAGCUUCUUGCCUCCUCUUAUCGGAAAGGCAAACUCCUUUUAAAAGUAGUUAGUUGAAACUUGCAACACAUCACGAUUCCCGCUAUUCUUUUCUCUUUCUUUCUUUUUUCUUUCUUUUCUUUUUCUCACUGUCAUUUUCCAUUUCACUCAUACAACAUUCACUCAUGUCACCAAUUCACUAAUUCCAAGUUCUUUCCCAAAAUGCAAACACUUUCAUUUCCUCUCUUCACUCCCUCACUCUCAUUUCCGAUCACUCCACACUCUCCAUUCCCUUCUCUCACACACUUAUCCUCGCUUACCGAGCCCUACGCCACCGCUCGUCGGAGCAUCCCGUUGCAAGCUUCCGCCAGCGACUCCGCUUUCGCCUCCUCCUCCACCAUUGCCGUCGACAACUCCGACGCUGAUGACUCCACCGCCUUUGUGAUCCGCGCCCGCAGCCGAAUCGGCCUCCUCCAGGUCAUCACCAGGGUUUUCAAGGUCCUGGGCCUCACCGUCGACCGCGCUACCGUCGAAUUCGAGGGCGACUUCUUCGUGAAGAAGUUUUUCGUCACCGAUUCUCAUGGCAACAAAAUUGAGGACUCCGACAGCCUGGAGAGGAUUAAGCGAGCGUUGGCCGAGGCGAUCGGCGGGGACGGCGACGGAAUGGUCUCGGUGACGAGACCGGCAAUGGCGAACUCGGGGGUUGUGGUAAGGAGGUCUGGGCUGGUGGAUGGCGUUGGCGAGCGUCGCGCGAAAGCGGAGAGAAUGUUUACCUUAAUGGAUGGGUUUCUGAAGAAAGACCCUCUCAGUCUCCAAAAGGAUAUUCUGAAUCAUGUGGAGUACACUGUGGCCAGGUCACGGUUUAAUUUUGACGAUUUCGAAGCGUAUCAGGUACGCUGCCUUUCAAUUCCAUUGCUUUUGGUUUAUGGCUGUGCUUCUUUAUGAUUUGCUCUGGUAUGGUACAUUUUCGUGUGUGUGUGGAUCAAGC